AUUAAAGAAAUAUAUAUCUUUGUUUUGUAAAUCUAUUUAAAAAAAACUACUCAUUGAGAGUAUGGAUUUAAUAAGACCGAUCGUUAUUAUUUCAACAAGAGUUAACUUGUUAUAUAAUAUAUGUAGUUUCUAUGCAUAGAGCUUGCAUUCCCAAUUCAUGUGAAUUCGCCGGCUGUGUUAACGGCUUAACAUGGCUUAACAUUAUCAUCUUCGAUCGCAUUAUAUGACAGUGAUUUGCUAUGGUCAUUUAAUGCACGUUAUACUUGCAUACCAUACCAAUUACUUUUAAAGCAAUUACAAUCAAUGUUGUUUCAAUAUUAAAUGCGCAUAUAUGUGUCAAAAUAUUAGCACUUGGCAUAUCGUAAACAGUCAGACUGUUUUUAAAAGAGAAGAAAGAAAUAAUAAAUAAAUUACUAGAUUAAUAUUGUUAGUGAAACGAAGUAUAAACCAUUAUUAAUACACAAUUAACAAUAUCCCGCAUUGAUUGACGGUCGAUAUAAAAACAAAAAUGGACUUCUUAUGCAGUUAUACAAAGUUCCAGAUGUGAUGUGUCAUUUUUGAUGUGCAUACUCCUUCGCUUUUUUCUUAUCAUCUAUAUCUAUUCGUCGAACGAAGAAGACGUGCGUGAAUAGCUUUAAAUUAAGAAACACAAUGGCAUUUCACGAAUUAGUAGAAGCAGAAUGUGGUGUUCCCAGUUCGUUGAUACGCCUUACUUCACAUUUUGUGAAAGAUCAUGGUUUCAAGGAAGAAGGAAUACAUCGUCCUUUUAUACCACCGGAAUCAUUUCAACCAACAGAUUCUGAACAAUUAGUAAAACAAUUUAUCGAAGAAACAUCAUGUCCACAAACGUUUCGAAUGGAUAAUUUAUUACAAGAGAUGCGUGAGAUAGAUCAAAAUAUACAACCACCUGUAGCUGCACCAGGAGUAGUCAAGGAAUUAACCGGUUCAGAUACAUCUUGGGCGAAUCAAUAUCUAGAAUCUGGGAGACACUUUGUUGAACAUCAUGCAGAUGAUAUUUGGAAUGCGUCAGCAAUGAAAAACAAUCAAUCUUCGAUUAUUCAAGCUCAAGAAACUCACGAAUUUGGGUUGGAUCCAAAAUGGGCGGAAGAAUAUUUGGAGCAUAGUAUAGAUAACGUAGAAAAUAAAAUUACCAAGCAUGAAGUAGCGGAAACAAUAGAAAAUAAUGAAAAAUCUAAAUUGACGUAUUCGAAAUUUAUGAAAUUUAUGAGACAGGAGGGUGAAGUUCCAAUAAAAGAUGUUGAAUUGUCAUUGCCUGAUUCUGAUAAUAUGGAUAAUUGGACGGAAGAAUAUAUCAAUCAAAAAAGUGAUCAAAAUACAUCAGAGAAUAGUAACGAUGAAAAUAAAGUUUUGAAUAAAUUAGAAGAAGAUUUAUCCGUGGCUGGUACUUGGAUAGAUGAAUUUGAAAAGGAAAAUAUGUUUUCUGCGGAUGCCGACAAUUACGAGUCUACAUUCUGGACGCGUCUUCAAAACGAAUGGGAUAAAAUAUCAUCGUCGGAUGAUAUUUCAACGGUACAUCCAUGGAUAUCAGAAUAUGAAGCAUAUUAUGAUCCAUUUAAGGAUUACGUUUUUCACGAUGAGAAUCCUAUGAAGAAUUUGUCAGAUGCGCUGGAGGAAGGUAUAAAAAGAUUGAACGCUGGUGAUUUACCUAGCGCGGUUCUUUGUUUCGAAGCAGCUGUACAACAAGAUGAAAAUAAUUCAGAAGCUUGGUUACUUCUCGGCAAAACUCAAGCAGAAAAUGAGCAAGAUCCUUUAGCUAUAUCCGCAUUAAAACGUUGCCUGAAGCUUGAUCCUUUAAAUGGAACAGCCCUAAUGGCUCUUGCAGUUUCUUAUACAAAUGAAUCUUAUCAAAAACAAGCAUGUUUAACGCUAAAGGAAUGGUUAUUGAAGAACGAAAAAUACAAACAUCUUUCAACCUCGAAAAAUGUCGUAGAACACAAUCUAAGAUCAAACGUAUCAACAAUUUUAUUUGAUGAUGUACACAAUGAAGUAAAAAAAUUAUAUAUACAAGCAGCUAGAAUGAUUCCUCGAGAUCAAAUAGAUGCUGAUGUGCAGUGCGGUCUUGGCGUGUUAUUUAAUUUAUCUAGUGAAUACGAUAAAGCUGCUGAUUGCUUUCAAGCUGCUUUACAAGUUCGGCCUGAUGAUUCUAGAUUAUGGAAUCGAUUAGGCGCAACAUUAGCUAAUGGUCAACGUUCAGAAGCAGCAAUAAAUGCGUACCAUCGUGCCUUAGAAUUAUCUCCAGGUUUUAUCAGAGCACGUUAUAAUCUUGGAAUCUCUUGUGUUAAUUUAGGAGCAUACAAGGAAGCCGGAGAACAUUUACUUACAGCUUUGAAUCAACAAGCUGCUGGUAGAGGAGUUCAAGGAGAACACAUAACACCUAAAGCAAUGUCUAACACAAUAUGGUCAACUCUUAGGCUAGUUUUGUCAUUGAUGCACAAAUAUCAUUUGAAUGAAGCCAUAGAAAAUAGAGAUUUGUCAAAGUUAAAUAAAGAAUUUGAGAUUGUAUAGGCAGUUUCUGCCUUUAAUAGAAAAUACAGAGAUAGCAAUGAUUUGAGCAUGAAAUAACUGCAUUAUUAUAUAUAAAGGCAUGUAUACUUCUGGAACCUCUGGGAUGUAGCUAUUAUAAAAGAAAUACAGUUUUUUCAUUAUUGAGAUAUAGAAAAUAAAUGAAAUAAAAGAUAUUUUACAUAAAUCACAAAGCAGUUAUAUAUAUGCGUGUAAUUGUACAUGACAUAAUAAUAACGUUCAAAACAACUUUUCUAUUUAUAUAUAUUUUGAUCUUACAAGGGUGAUUUUGAUACUAUAUUUACAUAUAUAUAACACACAAUAUGAAAAUAGUACUGGAAUCUUAACCACAAUGGAAUUUAUUAAUUCUUCUAAUACAUGAAAUUAUUAAGUUCAAUUGUAAUAAUCUUGUUGGAUAAAAAAAAAUAUUGUUACCUUCAUAAGUCAGUUGUAAUGCCAUUAAAAUAAUUAUACUCAAUUACGAAGUUGUUGUGAAGAAU